UUGAAGCACUCAGCAGAAACCCGAAGACUGUUGCACGGGAGCCUGAAUAUAAUUAUAAAGUCCUUUGCAUUGUGUUGAUGUGGCGAGUCACAAUUAGCUUUUUGAAAGUCCUAUAUCUUGAAAGCUUUAUUUCUGAAAUGCAAAACAUUUUGGGACUGUAUCAACAGUGGACUAAUAGUUUUUGAGUGGAUUUUUCCUUUAAGAGCUGUGCCUGCCUGUGAGUGAGCCUAUGGCUGGCCCAGUCAGGAUGCAUAAACGUUGACAACUUUUCAGCAAUUUGACCUAGCUCUUGCAAUAUUACUGAAUUUGCUUCUCCCAUCUGGCUCUCCAGUCACUGAGCGCUAACACAUAGGAAGGAGUGGCAUCCUGCCUCUCCAAGGGGACCUGGCUGAUUUUACCUCCAGGAGCCACGUUGCCUUCUCAGCCGUCCUGCUAUGGUUUGUCUUGUUUUAUUGGUUGGGGAGUGUUAUGAGUUGCUCAGAAAAGCCUAAACCAGGCCUUUCACGCCUGGCCACAUCCCCUGACUCUAUGGAGGCAUCCCACCUCGUUUCCAUGUCAUCGCCCCUUGUCUCCCCAUCCCAGUCACGGCUCAAGUACAUGUCCCUGGGUGUGCUGGUGCUGCAGACCACCUCACUGGUGCUUACCAUGAGGUACUCGCGCACACUGCAAGGCGAGGGGCCCCGCUACCUAGCCUCCUCAGCCGUGGUGUUGGCCGAACUGCUUAAGAUCCUCAUCUGCCUGCUGCUCAUCUUCUAUGACCACAACUUCAGUUUUCUUGUGUUGAAUCGGGUGCUGAAGGAAGAGAUUCUCAACAAGCCCAUGGAGACGUUGAAGCUGGCCAUCCCAUCCGGCAUCUACACACUCCAGAAUAACCUUCUCUAUGUCGCCCUGUCCAACCUGGACGCUGCUACCUACCAGGUGACGUACCAGCUGAAGAUCCUGACCACGGCCCUGUUCUCAGUAUCCAUGCUGGGGAAGAGACUGGGGCUCUACCAGUGGCUGUCCCUGCUCAUCCUCAUGACUGGUAUCGCUCUCGUUCAGUGGCCUUCGGAGUCUCUGGAUGGGCCAGCUCCGACGCCUCUGUCUGCAGGCUCCCAGUUAGUUGGUGUGAUAGCCGUACUGAUAGCCUGCUUCUCCAGUGGCUUCGCUGGAGUCUACUUUGAGAAGAUCCUCAAAGGGACCAAGCAGAGUGUGUGGGUCCGCAACAUCCAGCUAGGUUUGUUUGGCCUGGUGUUUGGUCUAAUGGGAGUGUUUGUGUACGACGGAGAGAGAGUGAGGGAGUCCGGAGUGUUCCAAGGCUACAACCCACUCACCUGGACUGUUGUGGCCCUGCAGGCCCUGGGUGGGUUGGUCAUAGCAGCAGUCAUUAAGUAUGCAGACAACAUCCUGAAGGGGUUUGCCACCUCACUCUCCAUCAUCCUGUCAACACUCAUAUCCUACUUCUGGUUGGUGGACUUCGACCCCACCAGUGUGUUCUUCCUAGGAGCAGUGCUGGUCCUUGCUGCCACCUUCCUGUAUGGCUAUGAGGCUGAGGCCUGCCACCAGCCACAGCAGAGUCUAGAUUGGAGACCCACCACCAGCCAUAACAGAGUUUAGAUUGGAGACCCACCACCUGCCAUAGCAGAGUCUAGAUUGGAGACCCACCACCUGCCAUAGCAGAGUUUAGAUUGGAGACCCACCACCUGCCAUAGCAGAGUUUAGAUUGGAGACCCACCACCUGCCAUAGCAGAGUUUAGAUUGGAGACCCACCACCUGCCAUAGCAGAGUUUAGAUUGGAGACCCACCACCUGCCAUAGCAGAGUCUAGAUUGGAGACCCACCACCUGCCAUAGCAGAGUUUAGAUUGGAGACCCACCACCUGCCAUAGCAGAGUUUAGAUUGGAGACCCACCACCUGCCAUAGCAGUCUAGAUUGGAGACCCACCACCUGCCAUAGCAGAGUCUAAAUUGGAGACCCACCACCAGCCAUAACAGAGUUUAGAUUGGAGACCCACCACCAGCCAUAGCAGAGUUUAGAUUGGAGACCCACCACCAGCCAUAACAGAGUUUAGAUUGGAGACCCACCACCAGCCAUAACAGAGUUUAGAUUGGAGACCCACCACCUGCCAUAGCAGAGUUUAGAUUGGAGACCCACCACCUGCCAUAGCAGAGUCUAGAUUGGAGACCCACCACCUGCCAUAGCAGAGUUUAGAUUGGAGACCCACCACCUGCCAUAGCAGAGUUUAGAUUGGAGACCCACCACCUGCCAUAGCAGAGUUUAGAUUGGAGACCCACCACCUGCCAUAGCAGAGUUUAGAUUGGAGACCCACCACCUGCCAUAGCAGAGUCUAGAUUGGAGACCCACCACCUGCCAUAGCAGAGUUUAGAUUGGAGACCCACCACCUGCCAUAGCAGAGUUUAGAUUGGAGACCCACCACCUGCCAUAGCAGUCUAGAUUGGAGACCCACCACCUGCCAUAGCAGAGUCUAAAUUGGAGACCCACCACCAGCCAUAACAGAGUUUAGAUUGGAGACCCACCACCAGCCAUAGCAGAGUUUAGAUUGGAGACCCACCACCAGCCAUAACAGAGUUUAGAUUGGAGACCCACCACCAGCCAUAACAGAGUUUAGAUUGGAGACCCACCACCUGCCAUAGCAGAGUUUAGAUUGGAGACCCACCACCUGCCAUAGCAGAGUUUAGAUUGGAGACCCACCACCUGCCAUAGCAGAGUUUAGAUUGGAGACCCACCACCUGCCAUAGCAGAGUUUAGAUUGGAGACCCACCACCUGCCAUAGCAGAGUUUAGAUUGGAGACCCACCACCUGCCAUAGCAGAGUUUAGAUUGGAGACCCACCACCUGCCAUAGCAGUCUAGAUUGGAGACCCACCACCUGCCAUAGCAGAGUCUAAAUUGGAGACCCACCACCAGCCAUAACAGAGUUUAGAUUGGAGACCCACCACCAGCCAUAGCAGAGUUUAGAUUGGAGACCCUCCACCACAGCCCUUGAACCACAAAGAAGAGACACACAGGGAAAUAGGGCAAGAUGGAGGGAGGAAUAGGUUGCUGAGGAGGACGAGCACAACUUCUGAAUAAAGAGUGUAGACAGAAGUAGUCCUGCGAUGUUUAGAGCUCAAAAUAGAUCGGAGUUGCCUGAAACGGAAUGUCUGAGACCGCCAACACAGACUGGGUUUUGUUUGUCCAAUCAAGAUGGAGGGCAACAUCCGACAAUGACUAUUUAGCAUUUACUAAGCUUUUUAUUGAAAUUCAAAGUGAUUUAUGAUGCAUGGGGGUAAAAAUGGUACAAUGCUCUCCCCAUAGUGACUCCAUCAAGUUUGACUCGAACAGGCUCAUGAAUGUGACUUCUUUACAGUUAACACUCGCAUGCAUUUCACACAUGCACGCACACACGCACGCACGCACGCACACACACACACACACACACACACACACACACACACACACACACACACACACACACACACAGGCCCAUUCAUCGAGCUGAAGCUGUUAUGAUGCCUAUGAAGGGUUAUGCUCACCUUUGAUCUCUCACCUCCUUUCAUCUCAGGGGUGAUCAUGGAAUCACCAAAGCAUGGAAUCAUGGGAAAACAGGGACGUUACAGGUAUCAACAAAAAUGUUUGGAUAAAUCCAAGAAUUCACUGACAAUGUUAGUUUGAGAUAAAUAUUCAAUUUGUAUAUAUUUGAUCAUGUUUUUAUGUAUUUGGGGAAUAAGGGAGUAGGGGAAAGGCAGUUUGUAGUAUGAAUGUAUUUUAUGGGUACUGAUGGUCAAUAAUACCAAGGGCAUUCAAAUGAAUUGAAUACCUCACACGUUACAAAGCCCCUCCUCAUUUGUCUUUGAGUGACAGCUCCACCUAGUGGGAGUGUUGGGCCAUAGCACAUUUACUGCAGAGGGGAGGGGUUGAGACGAAUGACUAGAGAUGCUGGAUGUCUUUUUAUUGGGGACAAGGAGGAAAAGGAUUAAAGGAAGGAAUGCUUUGAACUUUCUGCUCAUUUUCGGACAUCCAGUUGCUGAUGUUUGUAUGCAAAAAUUGCCUUUCAUGCAACAACAUUAAUUAAUAAUUAAAGUGAUCAAAUGU